UGACCCCGCGCCCGGCGCUGGUGCGGGCCACGGGCUGCAGGAUGAACUGCCGCUCGGAGGUGCUGGAGGUGUCGGUGGAGGGGCGGCAGGUGGAGGAGGCCUUGCUGGCCGUGCUGCACACCGUGCUCCUGCACCGCAGCGCCGGCAAGUUCCACUACAAGAAGGAGGGCACCUACUCCAUCGGCACCGUGGGCACCCGGGACGUCGACUGUGACUUCAUCGACUUCACCUACGUGCGUGUCUCCUCCGAGGAGCUGGACCGCGCCCUGCGCAAGGUUGUCGGCGAGUUCAAGGAUGCACUGCGAAACUCUGGCGGCGAUGGGCUGGGGCAGAUGUCCUUAGAAUUUUACCAGAAGAAGAAGUCUCGCUGGCCUUUCUCUGACGAGUGCAUCCCUUGGGAGGUGUGGACAGUCAAGGUGCACGUGGUAGCCCUGGCCACGGAGCAGGAGCGGCAGAUCUGCCGUGAGAAGGUGGGGGAGAAGCUCUGUGAGAAGAUCAUCAACAUCGUGGAGGUGAUGAACCGGCAUGAGUAUCUGCCCAAGAUGCCCACGCAGUCAGAGGUGGACAAUGUGUUUGACACGGGGCUGCGGGAUGUCCAGCCCUACCUCUAUAAGAUCUCCUUCCAGAUCACCGAUGCCCUGGGCACCUCAGUCACCACCACCAUGCGCAGGCUCAUCAAAGACACACUGGCCCUCUAGGCCUGGCUGCGGCCUGUGGCUGCUCCCGUGGGCGCCUAGACCCCGCCUCUGGGGCUAGCCCUGUAAGGCUCGUGGGACGCUGGACUUGCUCUGGGUCCUUGAUGACACUUGGAAGGAGCCACCGGAUGACCGGGCUCGGUCCUCCUCUCGGCCUUUGCUGGUGUCGAGCCUGGCUGUGCUCCCUCCACUGUGGCGGUGGCCCCUUCCUGCUGCACUGUAAGGAGGAGCCACGCGCACGUGGGGAAUAAAGUCGAGAGCGCGAG